AUGUCUGCCUUCAGGUCUCAUGCUGCCUCCACUGUGUCCCACAUGCGGAAACUGAAGUCAGGCCUGGGUGGGGUGAUAUCUUCUCUUGAAGGUUGGCUCGACGGUCACGGGGAGAGCCAUCCUGCUGAGGGUUUUAAUAAAGGUCUUGCAGCUGUGUUUCUGUCCACACUCUGCCCCAACAACCUGUCAGCCACCAUUUACAAGAUGGAGUCUCUCCUUCAGAGGGGCGGGCAUGGCUGCGAGGAGAUUUCUGCUCGCUGCACUGCUCUGCUUGAAGGGAUGCAAAACUGUCAUUCGCAAAAUGCAACUUGCAUGGUGUUGGAGAUAACACGUGCCCUGUCCUGCUUAUUCUCAAAACCUCACAGCAUCAAGGGGCUGAGGCUUUAUCUCAACACUUACCAGAGUAAUAAAUCUGAAACCAUCAAACUGGUGAAAAGCAGACAAGCUCAGCACUUACCCAUUAUAGUAAAGGCAUUUACAGACCAAGUGCAGCUCAUACAUCCCUCUUUAAUAUGUGACAGCAAAUGUGCAGAGACAACAAAAGAGAAUGAUGUGCUAGAUGAAGAGACUUCUACAAUUAUUGAACUUUUAUUAGCUAUCUCACCCGAUGAUAGAGAAGUGCAGGAACUUCAUGCAGCAUAUUUGUUUUUGACAGGCAGGUUUGGGGACAGUGCAGAGGUGUACUCUGCUCUCUUGCAUCCUGGUUUUUGUGAGAAGACGUCAGAGAGUAGUGCAGACAAGUCUUACCAAGGCACUCCUGAGAGGAGAGCUAGACUCUUAACCAGUCAAGCAGCUGCCUGCUUGUCAGCAGGUGGACGAACUGCUGAGGCAUGCAGGGAUCUGGGGGAGGCAUUUGAGAUCCAUCCUGCCACUGCUCGAAUUUAUUUUCAAAAGCUAUUCACAAAUUAUGGUACCGGGGUGGCUGCUUGCAAACAUCUGCGUCAGCAGGCAGAGAGAGGCCUAAGUGGUUACAGAGAAAGAGUCCUCAUCCGUCCAGACCUGCGGUCCACUGAAGGAGUUGAGCUCCUGGACCCUGUGAUCACUCAGUUAAGGACACUGUGCCAUUUAGAGCCUGACGGAGGAGGCAGAGAGCUGCGGGUGCGACUGGCCGACUGUCUUCUCCUCAGAGGGGAACACAAAGAGGCCCUCUCCAUCUGUAGCCAGCUAGUUGCUGCACAAGGUCAACAGAGCUAUCAAAACACAGUGCAGGUUCUUCGAGGAUACGCGCGACUUCUUUCAGAUGACCACAAGGGGGCGUUAGAAGACUUCCAGGCUGUGAUCGAACACAAUGCCCCCCACCCGUCCAGCUGUGUGAGGGCUCUCUGUGGCAGGGGGCUCCUGCGCAUGAUGGGAGGCUUAAACUACCUCACAGCUCUGGACUAUGUGACAGCCAGCAGGCUACACCCGCAGGAAACAGCACUGACUGUUCGCUGUUUGGUGCCAUGGAACUACCGGGGGCUGCUGUUUACUGUUUUACUGGAGCAGGGACGAGUCAUGCUGGAGGGGACUGGAAAGCACAAAUCCACUUCCAGUGAAGACUCCCAGCAGCCUCAGCAGCAAGAUCAGCUGCAGGUCCCAUCAAAGAGAGACAACCACAGAUCAGAGACUCCUGCUGGUGUCCAGUCUCUGGCUGCGUUGCUGAUGGAGCUCCAGCCUGGUGCUGAUAGCUCUCAGAUCCUGGCAGCUGAUGCCUUGUACCUGCUUGGCCGGGUGGAGGAGGCCUACCGGCUAGUACUUUCUAUUGGUCCCACCAGUCCUCGGGCACCCAUCCUGGCUCGCCUCGCCCUGCUGCAGCUGCACAGAGGCUUUCUUUAUGACACUAAUCAGCUGCUGAAAAAGCUCAUCCAGUGUGGUGAUACGAGCUGCUUGCGCCCCCUGUUGGCAGUGGCACAACAGAAGGACCGGGCUCUGCUGCAGGCACACUGCCACUCUGUUGCAAAACGCAUCCUGGAGGGCACGAGAGAGGAGAGCGCCAUCAGAGAGGCUGUGGCUUAUCUCUCCAUCGCCAUCAUGGCCUCUGGUGGCGAGGGAGCAGAGUCUCUGCUGGAGAGAGGGAGGUGUUAUGCCCUGCUCGGCCAACGGAAGACAGCCAUCUUUGAUUUCAGUGCCAUUCUGAAGGAGCACCCAAAACACGUUCAGGCCCUCUGUGGAAGAGGCUUCACCUAUCUCAUGCUAAACCAGCAAAAGGAAUGCACUCACGACAUCCUGGCAGCGCUUCAGAUUAACACUGACAUAGUCACCAAAGACAUCCUGUCACUCAAGGACAAGGCACGGAAGCUGGUCUGUGAUUGGCUGCAUCAGUUCUGUCGGACCAAUCUGUCAGACAUUGUGCACACUACUGCUGUCCCCUGCCAUGAAGAGCAGCUCAGAGAGGCUUUUAUAAUUGGUGGAGCUCUGAUGAGGACUGACUGCCGAGACCCCAGAUGGCAUCUCCUCUAUGUUGACAUACUCUUAGCCAAAGGUGAAGUUAAAGCAGCAGGUGCUCAUCUGUGCCAGGUGUUUGGCCAGGAACCAAGAGAUGCAGCAGCUCAGGCCAGGGUGGGUGUGGUGGAGGCCUGGCAGCAGAACUACCGAAGCGCAGCUCGCAGGCUCAGCAAACUGACUGAGAAAGAUUCUUCCAGUUUGGGCUUCUUGCUGGUCCUGAUCCCAUUCAAUCAGCGGAAACGCAUGGCACAGGCAGCAGCACAGGAGGCCAGCAGUGUGUCAUCAGGUGGCCACUGGGAUCAGGCCCUCACACUCCAGACUGUGGCAGUACAAGCAGUGGGCGAUCACAAACUCCAGUAUCUUCGCCAGCGGGCUGCCUGCCUCGCUCAGCUGGGCCAGCACGAGCGUGCCAUAGCUGACCUGGACAGAGUUAUCCAGAAACACAAUGGAUCUGGCUCCAGCUGCUCAGAUGACCCCCAAGUCACGGCGGAGGACCUGUGUCGGCGAGGCCGCAGCCUGGUGCUCUGCUCCAGAGAAGGAGCAGCUCUGGAGGACUUCACUCAGGCCUUGGAGCACCACAGGGACCAGACCCUGCAUUGCGUGGAGGCUGGUCUGGGGAGGCCCCGUCUGGCUGAGUGCUUCCUGCGGGGGGCGCUGCAGCACUAUGGGGAGCAGCAGCUCAGUAAAGCGUGGACGUUGAUUGAAUGCGGCCUCAUUGUAGACAGUGAGAACGCAGAGCUCCGCAAACUGAGGGCAAGGGUCAAACGAGAAGUGGCCAGCCCCUGCAAUGUCAACUAGUGUUGAGAGUCAGAAUCACACAGGAACUCCAGACAAGCUCACAUAAUGUCGCCAUGUCAGUGCCUGGACCUUAAUAAGUUGUAUUGUGGACGAUCAAACUGAUGUUUGAUAAAUCUUUGGGGUCAGAGUGCUUUGGUUCAUAUCACGUCUUCUAAUUGUAACUUAAGUUUGUAGCAUUAACAACAUUGUUUGUUAUAGUAUUCAAUAUCUGUAUAAUUACAGCAAAGCAGUAUAUUGAAUAUAUUUGACACCACAAAUUUAUUGAAUG